GCUGCUCUUCAAGGCAAAGAAAUUUGUGCAACUUCAUAACCAGGAAAAGCACAGGGAUAAUGUUGUGUAAAGCUGAAAAGGAAGCUGGUAUUCAAGACACUGGACAGCUUUUUCUUGGAAUGGAUUUUGGUACAUCUGGUGCUCGGUUUGCUCUCAUUGACAAGCAUGGAAAACUUUAUGCUGAGGGAAAAAGAGAAUAUUCAAAUCCAUCAUCACAGGUCCAUAGCGAAAUAGAUUGGGCAACUUCCUGGAAGAAUGUACUUUUCAAAAUUCUUGAAGAUAUACCACAGACCCUUUGUUCCCGUGUUUCUUCCAUAUCAGUUGAUGGGACAUCUGCAACCACAAUGAUGAUUGACAGGUCGGAUUUCAAGUUCUAUCAGUACCCUAAUUAUUCUUUUCAUAUUUAAGUUGGACUGAUGAAU